AAAAAAAAAAAAAAAAAAAAACACAAAAGUCUUUUUAAUUUUAUUAUAAUUUUAAUUAAUUACAUGUCAAAAUAUUUCUGUGGAAAAAUAUUUUCUCAGACCACGUCUUCUUCCAUCUGUAACAGCAUGGAUUCAACGAUACACCCCAUUUUAGAAUGCCCAAUCCCAUAAACCCUAGAUUCACAAAAAUCUCUUCCCUGGAAUUCAGAGCAAACCCAGAAAGCAAGCAACCUUUUUUAUUUUUUGGGUUUUUUUUUUAAAAAAUAUAUAUAUAUAUAUAUAUUAUAUUUUCCAAAGAAAUUUUGAUGUUUUAAUAUUGCUUUGUGAGCUUAGGCCUCCUCAAUUAUACCAGCUGAUUCAUCAAAUCAGUGUCUGGUUCGAGAGAUCCAGGAAAACGAAAAGCUCGUCAAACAGUGAUUUUGGUUUUCCUUUGAGUAUGCAUAGAUCUGGAGCUGCAAUGGCUUGGAACGUCUUCAAGUUUUGCACAGCUUUGCGGGGUCUGGGCUCGAUCAUGAUCUUACUGGUUCUUGGGGUCGUCGGCGUCACCUACUACGCCGUCGUUUUGACCAAUUAUGGCCCGGCUUUAUACGAUGGUGGCCUUGAUUCCGUCAUUGCUCUUGCCGUCUUGAUCUUGUUUCAUUGCUUGUUGGUAAUGCUAUUAUGGAGCUACUUUUCUGUUGUGUUAACCGAUCCGGGUAGUGUACCACCUAACUGGAGGCCUGCUAUUGAUGAAGAGAGAGGGGAAGCCGACCCAUUGAAUGGAUCGGAGUUCAGUGGUUUGCAGCCUGACCAAUCUAAUCAAAGAAUCCGGUAUUGUCGGAAAUGCAACCAGCUGAAACCCCCUCGUUGCCAUCAUUGCUCUGUUUGUGGUCGCUGUGUGCUGAAAAUGGACCACCAUUGUGUAUGGGUUGUUAACUGUGUAGGUGCAUUAAAUUACAAGUACUUCCUUCUUUUCUUGUUCUACACAUUUCUUGAGACAAGUCUAGUGACUUUGUCAUUACUUCCACAUUUUAUAGCGUUUUUCAGUGAUGGAGAAAUACCUGGAACUCCUGGGACCCUUGCCACUACAUUUCUUGCCUUUGUUUUGAAUCUCGCAUUUGCAUUGAGUGUUAUGGGGUUCUUGAUCAUGCAUAUAUCAUUGGUAGCAGCAAAUACCACAACUAUUGAGGCUUAUGAGAAGAAAACAACCCCAAAAUGGCGCUAUGACCUGGGUCGAAAGAAGAACUUUGAGCAGGUGUUUGGGACAGACAAGCUGUAUUGGUUCAUCCCCGCAUAUUCAGAAGAAGAUUUGCGGAGGAUGCCAGCGCUUCAGGGUCUUGAAUAUCCAUCAAAGCCUGAUUUUGAUUCGCAGGAGUUCUGAGAACCAUCAGUACGUCAUGUCUGAAAGAUACAAAUUUUCCCUGUAACAAUAGAUUGGGGGCCCCAUAACACGUUCCUUUACCGCCAUUACUGAUCCAACAGCUUACUACACUCGUCAUUCAUUCCCACGGGCAUCUUCUUGUAAACAAAUGGUGGAGAGAGGGGGGGAGAGAGAGAGAGAGAGAGAGAGAGAGAGAGGAGGGGGGGGGGGGGGGGUAGUGUACAAGCAUGCAACAAGAGGAAGAUGUGAUAGGUUGCAAAGUAGCGGGGAUGGAUUGACAGUGGGGAUGGAUUGAUAGGUUGGUGUUACUUUCAUGUUUAUAUAUAUAUAUAUAUAUAUAUAUAUAUGUAGGGAACUUGGUCCCUCUAAGAUGGAAAUGCAACCUUUUUAUCAUGUGGUGGUAUACUGAUUUUCCUGUAGAUUUGUGCUUGAUGUGAAUGGGCAAUAUAGAAUCUAUCACAACCAGUUUUCUUCA